AUGAAGAUAUCGUUCUGUAAAGCUUUCUUUCUUAAUUAUUUGCUAAUGUUUGCAAAGUCGGAGGAACCGCACUGUUCAAAAUAUGAUUUCGAAGAGAAAGUGUUAGAGAAAAUGGUUCGCAUGGAAUUUCAAAUGGAGAGAAUGAAAUCUGAAAUGGAACAAACAGUGAAAAGUGUUGACCGGAAACUGAAUGAAAUGGAUGAAAAAGAGGCAAAAAGUUCGUAUACCAUUAAAACAACACAGGAAAAGUUAAGUGAGAAAAUGGAAGCACUACAAAACAAAACAGUAGAAAGUGUUGACCGGAAACUGAAUGAAAUGGAUGAAAAAGAGGCAAAAAGUUCGUAUACCAUUAAAACAACACAGGAAAAGUUAAGUGAGAAAAUGGAAGCACUACAAAACAAAACAGUAGAAAGUGUUGACCGGAAACUGAAUGAAAUGGAUGAAAAAGAGGCAAAAAGUUCGAAUACCAUUAAAACAACACAGGAAAAGUUAAGUGAGAAAAUCGAAGCACUACAAAACAAAACAACAGAGGUUAUUGACACAAAAUUAAAGGAACUGCAAAUUCUUAAAGAUCAGAUUGUGACACCGACUGUGGCAUUCAAGGCAAGACUAAACGUUGACAUUGCCGCUCCUAGAGGUCGAGUUAUUGUGUUUCCUGUAGUACUCUUCAAUGAAGGAGAUGCUUACAGCAGUCAGACAGGGAAAUUUACGGCCACAUCAAACGGAACAUAUCUUUUUACUAUAGGAUUUUGCGUGAAGUUUCAAAAAACAUUGUACGUGGAUAUAAUGGUUGAUGGUGUAGCAUUCACUAAGGCAACUUUUUAUGGCGACGCAAAUCACGAAUGUUUAACAGCUGAUGCUGUCGCUGUGUUAAAAACUGGUCAGAGCGUGUGGGUGCAGCCAUCUGAUAGUAAUUCUGGUAUUAUAAUUCACCAAGGUGCAACCAGAUGGAACACAUUUUCUGGAGUUUUGCUCCAUAAAUAA